GACGCGAGCACAUGCAGUUUGGCCCAUCAACCUUUGAUCACGUUUACAUACUCCAACUUAAUUCACGUCGCCUUAUUUGACUGUGAAUUUGACCGAACCGCAUGAUGUCAUCCAAGCCACCACCGUUGGCACCGGCGGCGAGUGCCAGCGAAGAACUGGCCCGCCUUCGAGUGGAAAAUGCGCUGCUGAAGUCCCAGCUUGCGAUAGAGCGACAGACCACCGCACGGCUGCACGAGGAGCUCCAGGAUGCCCAGCGUCAACGCCCCGUGAGCCCGUUGGACAUUCGACGACUCAAGCAGCAGGUUGCAGCGACAAAGAAAGAGCUCGCGCGGGCGACGACUAAGCUUCCUCGAAACCUCUGCGAGCGGCGAAUCCUUCGGGACUACCGCAUGUACUUGUGCACGAACCCUCCGCACGACGUGCUCGAGUUGUGCGCGAAGGCCCUGCGCGGCAACCUCAAGCCAGGCAUGUUCGUCUACGACCUGCUCGUCACCCAGCUGCAGUUCUUCGCGUCAUCUUCUUCGUCGGCCUUCCCUGGCCGCGCGCGCACGACGUUUCCGCCGAGGAUUGUGCGCUGGUGCGAGAGUGUGUACAUGUCGUAUGGCCGGCGGGCGUACAAGUUGCUCAGCGGGGAAGCGAAUGCGUCGUCGGUCGGAGACAAGCGGAGUCCAUCUUCGUGGAGCGGCCACAUGAUCCUUCCGUCGCUGCGCAUGCUUCAGCGCCGCCUCGCCGCCUUCCGCGCGGAACAGGGCUUGUCGGCCGACAUUGGGUCGCCCAACUACAUGAGCAACCGCGACCUGCUCAAGCGCUUGGCGCCACCAGUGGAUACAACGACGCCAGCCACGACCAAGGAACAGCUGGGCUGGGUCAUAUCUCUCUUGGAAUCCUACAAGCAGGCCACGACCCCCACUGCUGCCAUGCAUGCAGACGUCCUCGACGCAAUCGAGUUCCUAACUUCGUUCAACCAUCCAGAGGUGCCGAAAUUACUGCAGCUGCCACCUCUUGCAACGGAUGGCGCCCAGUGGCUUUCGUAUUGUGAAGCGAUCCUUGGCAUUUGUGCCGCGGUCGUGGCUACGAUAGCAUGAUCGUUUAAUGGCUACAUAGCCGAAGGGUUUUGGCAUGUAGUUAUGGUAUUGCCGAGUAGUAGUCCGG